UUACAUAACCUCACUUAUGCUGCCGAUUUUCAAAAAAUUUCAAACCGAAUUCACAUUAACUAUAAUUUUAAAAAGCACUGUAUCAAAACGAUGAGAAACCUUUCGGAAUUUAACGUUCACGUCCCAAACGACAACGAAAUAGCCCUUUGCGAAAUAAACGGUCGGGUCCAUUACAUGAACGCUGAAUAUGCUAACGUGGGGGCCUUUACCACCUCUACUGCAAGUCAUCCAAAAAUUCACAUAACUAGAGACCAGCUACACUCGACCACCUCAGGUGACGAAGGCAAAGCCCUAUUUUUGCCAGUAGAUGUAUCAUUUUUAAAACAACUGACGCAAGUAUACUAUGAACAGGGGCCAGUUGAAGCAUUACAUUUGGCCAAAUCCCAUCAUCAGUUUGUAGUCUCGAGGGCAGCCACUCUUCUUUUAGGUGUCAUGAAAUACGUACAGAAAUUCCGACUGAUUUUAAAUCCAAAUAUAAGAUAUAGCGGUCCAACACUCAUCAGUCAGUUAGGUCAAACUAGAGAUUGGAAGAACAGCACUAUUAGGUUUGUGGCGUGGCACCCUAAUUGCACUAAAAUCGCUUUAGUUACUUGCGAUGACGGAGUAAGGAUUUUUAGUAGUGAUAGUAAUUACAGUCCUUUGUUAAGAUGUAAACAGCAAAGGAAUAUUACUUGUGUCGCAUGGAGACCUUUGUCACAUACCGAAAUCGCGGUGGCUCAUGAAGAUGGCAUUAUUAUAUGGAAUAUUGAUCCAAAUUCUUUGGUAUCCAGACCAUCAGUAAGCAACGCCAUAAUUCUCCAAAGAAUCGAACAUAGACCUGUGAUGAGCAUAGCCUGGUCUCCCAACGGUGACCGUUUGGUUAGCGUGGCAGCUUGUGAUAGAAAGAUCUUAGUAUGGGAUCCAGAACUGGACAGGACCAGUAGCCUAAAAAGACCCGGAGGGUUCGGACAGGUUCUGGUCAAAUGGUCCCCUACCGGUGACAAGAUAUUCACUUGUACCGAUGGCAUUGUUUUUAGAGUGUGGGACUAUAGGAAUUGGGAGUGUGAACGCUGGACCGUUCCCAGUGGUCGAGUGCAAUCAGCUUGCUGGUCAAACUGCGGCACCACUUUACUGUUUGCCACUAAUGUGGACACAAUGAUUUAUGGAGUUAUUGUAAAAAGUGGCACGGUGUUUGCUAAUAAUGCUGAUUCCUCCUCCAAUCAGGCCCUUCCAAUUUUCGAUGUAAGCAAAAGAGAUCUCGAAGGAGUAAUGGUGGGAGGUCUGGUUCAGUGCAUGGAAACAGACCCUAAAGGAAAACAUUUGGCAAUCAUGUUUAAAGAUACCAGCACUAUCGCAGUGUUCGGUAUCAUUAGACAACCGACGUUAAGACUUAUUCCAGGGUCUUUGAUUAUGGGGUUGGCAGAAGAGAAACCGUCAUCAAUAAGUUUCCAGCAGAAUUUCACAGAGGGGGCUUGUCUCACGAUUGGGUGGUCGAGUGGCAGAAUUCAGUAUUUCCCCAUUAUUUAUACAGACGCAAUCAGCGAGCAUAUAAUACGAUCCAACUCUUAAAAUUGCUUAUAAGUUUGUUUUAAUGUUGCUAGGUUUAAUUAGUUUUUAAUACUUUUAUUGGAAAUAAAUUAUUUUAGUGGUAUAUAUAA